AAUGGCGGAAUUCGACUUAACCACACGAAUGGGACAAUAUUUAGACCGACAUCUGGUCUUUCCAUUGUUAGAAUUCCUAUCGGUUAAAGAGCUGUAUGAUGAAAAAGAAAUGCUGAAAGGAAAGCUGGAUUUACUCAGCAACACCAACAUGGUGGAUUUUGCUAUGGAUGUCCACAAAAAUCUUUAUCCUGAGCAAGAUGUACCAUCAAAUUUGAAGGACAAAAGACAGAGCGUUGUGGCUCAACUCAAAAGUCUACAGGCAGAGACCGAAAUGAUCACCAAAAUAUUUGAAGAUCCAGAAGUUGUUCGCCAGAUGCAGAGCUCCAGGGAUGGAAGACAGUUAUUUGAAUUUCUAAAUAAAGAUUAUGGGUUCGAAGCCAGGAUGGUGGACACAUUGUAUGAGUAUGCCAAGUUCCAAUAUGAGUGUGGAAAUUACUCAGGGGCAGCCGAAUACCUUUAUUUCGUCAGAGUAUUAUUACCCUCCACUGACAAGAAUUUCCUGGACACACUGUGGGGAAAGCUGGCAUCAGAAAUCCUUAUGCAGAACUGGGAGACUGCCCUUGAUGAUCUUACAAAGCUGAAAGACAUCAUAGACAAUAAUACUUUUGGAUCAGCACUACAGAAUUUGCAGCAGAGGACGUGGUUGAUACACUGGAGUCUGUUUGUCUUUUUCAACCAUCCCAAAGGUCGUGACCUUAUCAUAGAUAUGUUCCUGUACCAACCUCUGUAUCUGAAUGCCAUACAGACCACCAGUCCACAUAUACUCCGAUAUCUAACCACUGCUGUAAUCACCAACAAAGGACGAAGGAGGGCCGUCCUUAAAGAUCUGGUCAAGGUCAUUCAACAGGAAUCAUAUACCUACCAGGAUCCCAUUACCGAGUUUGUAGAAUGUCUGUAUGUCAACUUUGACUUUGACGGUGCCCAACAGAAACUCCGAGACUGUGAAGAGGUGUUGGUAAAUGAUUUCUUCCUUGUUGCUUGUCUGGACGACUUCAUUGAAAAUGCAAGAUUGCUGAUAUUUGAGACCUUCUGUCGGAUACACGAGUGCAUCAGCAUAAACAUGUUAGCAGAGAAGUUAAACAUGACGUCAGAGGAUGCAGAGAGAUGGAUCGUAAACUUGAUCAGAAAUGCUAGACUUGAUGCCAAGAUUGACUCGAAGCUGGGGCAUGUUGUCAUGGGAACACAGGCUGUGUCACCAUACCAACAGGUUAUAGAGAAGACAAAAGGUCUGGCCUUCAGAUCACAAAUGAUGGCUAUGAAUAUUGAGAAGAAGCUUGGACUCCGUACUGAUAGUAUGCCACAGUGGGAUAAAUCUGCAGAGAGUUAAUAGAUACGUCACUUAGUUCUUAAAAACUUUCUUACGCCAGUCGCAGCAUAAAGACUUACACAACCUCGGUCGCAGUCAGAGAGGAGUUAUUCUGUUUACUGUCAAGACAGUGAAUUUGGACAUUAAUAUGAAGUGCUCUAUAAUGAAACUACAAUUAAAUUAUAUCAAUUGGA